CCGGCCGCCGGCCGCGAGGUGCGCGCCCCCGACGGCUCGCUGCUGUACCGGCUGCCGGGGGGCCAGGGCGGGCCGGGGCCCGGCGCGCAAUAAACGGCUGGAACGGACCCGCCUCCGCCGCGUGCUUCCGCCGCGCCGGCCAUGGGCUCCGAGGCGGCGCGGCUGCUGGAGGCGGCCGACUUCGCGGCCAGGAAGCACAAGGAGCAGCGGCGGAAGGACCCCGAGGGCACCCCCUACAUCAACCACCCCAUCGGCGUAGCCAGGAUCUUGGCCCACGAGGCUGGCGUGACGGACAUUGUCGUGCUGCAGGCCGCCCUCCUGCACGACACGGUGGAGGACACGGACACCACCUUCUCCGAGAUCGAGGAGCGGUUCGGGGAGGAGGUCAGGCGCGUCGUGGAGGAGGUGACGGAUGACAAGACUCUGCCCAAAGCAGAGCGAAAGCGCCUGCAGGUCGAACACGCGCCCGGCAGCAGCCCCCGGGCCAAGCUGGUCAAGCUGGCGGACAAGCUGUACAACCUGCGGGACCUGAACCGCUGCACCCCGCAAGGGUGGUCGUCGCAGCGUGUGGAGGAGUACUUCCGGUGGGCGGCGCGGGUGGUGGCCGGCCUGCGCGGGACGAGCGCGCCGCUGGAGGCGGAGCUGCAGCGGCUCUUCGAGGAGCGCGGCUUAGCCCUGUGACCGUCGGGACCACCGGGGACCGGGAGGGGCGGGCAUGGCGGGCGCGGCGGCCAAUAAACGUGCGCAGAGCUGAGCGUC